CAUGCGUGGCGCUGGGCACAAAGGCGCUGCUGCGAAUGGCGGCGCUAGCGUCGGGCGCGCUUUGCCGUUUCGGCGGCCGCCUUUUCACCUUGCCCCACGCAGCGGACGACGAAAGUGCCUUUUAAUCUCCUGCAAACAAACACUGCCACUGCUGCCUCCCACGCAGACUCUCCCGCCGUCACACCCGUCGCCGCAGACAUGGCUGACAAGUACAUCCCCGAGCACCGCCGCACGACGUUCAAGGCGAAGAGCGCCUUCAAGCCUGACGAGCUCCGCCGCCGCCGCGAGGAGCAGCAGGUCGAGAUCCGCCGGGCGAAGCGCGAGGAGAACCUCGCAAAGCGCCGCGGCAUUGGCGGCGGCGCCGACCGGCCCGGCGCCUCGCUGGGCGCUGCGCCAGACAGCGACGACGAGGGCGGCAACAUCGAGGGGCAGCUCAACGAGGAGCUGCCGCAGAUGGUCAAGGGCGUCUUCUCGGAGCAGAUCGACGAGCAGAUCCAGGCCACGACCAAGUUCCGCAAGCUGCUGUCCAAGGAGCGCAACCCGCCCAUCGAGCGCGUCAUCGAGACGGGCGUCGUGAGCCGCUUCGUCGAGUUCCUGCGCUCGCCCCACACGCUCGUGCAGUUCGAGGCCGCCUGGGCCCUGACCAACAUCGCCUCGGGCUCGGCCCAGCAGACGCAGGUGGUCAUCGAGGCCGGCGCCGUGCCCAUCUUCGUCGAGCUGCUCAGCAGCCACGAGCCGGAUGUGCGCGAGCAGGCCGUGUGGGCCCUGGGCAACAUCGCCGGCGACAGCCCCGCCUGCCGCGACUUUGUGCUUGCGGCUGGUGCCCUGCGCCCGCUGCUGGCCCUGCUGGGCGACAGCCGCAAGCUGAGCAUGCUGCGCAACGCCACCUGGACCCUCAGCAACUUCUGCCGUGGCAAGACGCCGCAGCCCGACUGGCAGACAAUCCAGCCCGCCCUGCCCGUGCUCGCCAAGCUCGUCUACUCGCUCGACGACGAGGUCCUCAUCGACGCCUGCUGGGCCAUCUCCUACCUGUCCGACGGCUCCAACGACAAGAUCCAGGCCGUCAUCGAGGCCGGCAUCCCGCGCCGCCUCGUCGAGCUGCUGAUGCACGCCUCCACCUCGGUCCAGACCCCUGCGCUGCGCUCCGUCGGCAACAUCGUUACGGGCGAUGACGUCCAGACCCAGGUCAUCAUCAACUGCGGCGCCCUGCCCGCCCUGCUCUCGCUGCUCAGCUCCACCAAGGACGGCAUCCGCAAGGAGGCCUGCUGGACCAUCUCCAACGUCACCGCCGGCAACUCCACCCAGAUCCAGGCCGUCGUCGACGCCAACAUCAUCCCCCCGCUGAUCCACCUGCUGCAGAACGGCGACUUCAAGACCCGCAAGGAGGCCUGCUGGGCCAUCUCCAACGCCACCAGCGGUGGUCUGCAGAAGCCCGCCCAGAUCCGCUACCUCGUCCAGAGCGGCUGCAUCAAGCCGCUGUGCGACCUGCUCGCCUGCCCCGACAACAAGAUCAUCCAGGUCGCUCUUGACGGGCUUGAGAACAUCCUCAAGGUCGGCGAGAUGGACAAGGAGGCUGCCGCCGACGGCGCCGGCGAGCAGAUCAACCGCUACGCCCUCUUCAUCGAGGAGGUCGGCGGCAUGGAGAAGAUCCACGAGUGCCAGAACAACGCCAACGAGGAGAUCUACAUGAAGGCCUACAACAUCAUCGAGAAGUACUUCUCCGACGAGGAGGGCGACGCCGAGAACAUGGCCGAGACCAACCCCGCCGUCAACCAGGAGGGCCACUUCGGCUUCGGCGCCGGCAACCAGGCGCAGCAGCCGCAGCAGAACUUCAACUUCGCCAACGGCGGCGACUCGAUGGACAUGUGAGCGGCUGAGUCACUUCACCCCUGCCCGUCCACGCACGUCUGAGUGCUCCCCUGCGCAAGCGAGCCGUAAGAGUUGCCCUGUCAGGCCAGUCUGCCAGAGCCCAACUAGAUGACGAUCACGCACGAUUGAUACACGACUUUUGGAAAGUUACGAGAAACGCGCCCACGGGAGUCGGCCAUUCGUCGCAAUACCCAGUCUCCCCUUCCUCCCCUCUGUUUUUACACAGCAUCGAAAGAUUCACCGUCUUGUAACCCCACCAUGUUUACUAUCCGCAUCAUAUCCCAGGCGUUGCGAUUUGCUUAUCUCUAUUGUAAGGUCGAUGGGCAAGAAUGGUCAGGUUGGCUGGGUCUGUCUGGCGGCUGCACCGCAAGCGAACAGAUAACUAAGAGGCACAGCCUGCGUGCCCAACAUGUGUAGCAGCUAUCCGCUGUGUGAUACCGAAUGCAUCGGUUUUGAAA